GUGGCUGUCAGAAAUUCAGGGAUAAAUAAUGAGGCAGAGCUCAGAGUUUGUCAGAAGGCGGACCUGACAGGGUCACACACAGGACCAAGCAGGAGCAGGACCUCAACGUUUUGAUAAUUUUCUACAAAUGGAGGAACAUGAAGAUGUUCAAUAUUGUUUUCAAGACAGGAACUCUUCUUGCAGAAAGGCUUUGCUAUCGGCAUCUAUCUACAUAACACUGUACAUCUUCUUCUCUGUGAUUUCAGCAGUUACAGUAUUUUUGAACAUACUGGUGAUCAUCUCCAUCUCUCACUUCAAACAGCUCCACACUCCAACCAACCUGCUCAUCCUCUCUCUGGCUGCGUCAGAUCUCCUGGUUGGACUGAUUGUGAUACCAGUAACAACUGUAGCAAUAAUGGAAUCAUGCUGGGGUUUUGGGGAAUAUUUCUGUGUGUUUCAAUUCUACGUCUCUUGUUUGUGUACUUCUUUAUCUCUGGGCAAUUUGGUCUUGAUAUCUAUUGACCGCUAUGUUGCUGUGUGUGAUCCCUUAUUGUACCACUCUAAAAUAACAAUAGCAAGAAUGAUGUGUUGUAUAUCCAUUACCUGGUGUUGUUGUAUCAUAUACGAUGCUACUAUUAUAAAAAACUUUGUAAGUGUACAGGUUCCGAGUAGGUGUUUGAAACAAUGUUUAAUUGUUGAAGGGUUAAAUUGGGUUACUAUAAUUGACCUUAUACUUAAAACGGUUGUCCCGUGCUCUAUUAUUAUAACACUUUAUUUGAAAAUCUUUGUGGUGGCCAGAUCACAGGCCAGAAAGGUGUUUUCAAAAGAGGCUGCCAGUGUGUCUGGUGUUAAAACUGUACAGGCAAAUAAGUCUGAGAGGAAAGCAGCAAAAACUCUGUCUAUUGUUGUUUUCAACUAUCUCAUUUGUUGGACUCCAUCUCUAUUUCUUUUCUUUCUUUCUUUUUUAACUGAAAAUGUAUCAUUCUUCAUCAUCAGUUUUCUGCCACUUGUAAAUUCCUUAAUUAAUCCAAUAAUUUAUGCUUUGUUUUAUCCAUGGUUCAAAGUGACAGCUAAAAUUAUUUUAACUCUGAAUUUAAUACAUUCAUAAGUCCUAUGUUUUUAUUUCUCAGUUUGACAAACAGCUUUGCUAUAGUUUUGUCAUACAAUUGUUGUAAAUGUUUCUUUCAUGUAACAAUACUCUUUUCAUUACAACUUUCUAAUAUUUAUUUGCGCCUCCUUUUGACCACAGAACAGCCUGAAUUGGUCAGGGCAUGUACUCCACAUGUUGUCAAAAGUGUUCCACGGGGAUGCAGGCCCAUAUUGACUCUAAUGCUUUCCACAGUUGUCUCAAAUUGGCUGGAUGUUCUGUGGGUAAUGGACAAUUCUUGAUACACACAGGAAAUUGUUGAGCGUAAAAGACAUAAAACCGUUGCCAUUCUUGAAACACUCAAAACCAAUUCCCCUGGCACCUAGUACCAUACCCCUUUCAAAGGCACAUCAAUAUUUUGCAGAGCAGCUCUCUCAGAAUCCAUUUAGUGUGAAUAAAUAUGGAGAUAGGUAACACUUUAUAAUAACACCUUGUCAUGAAGAAUGUAUAAUGGUUUAGUAAAUAGUUUAUUCAUCAUUCAUUUAUCAUUACUCAGUCUUUAUGUUUUUUAACAUUGCCCUCUAGUGGCUCAACUGGGACACAACGCCUUCAACAAGUGUACUGAAGUUGAAAUGAACAAUACUGUAUGAUAUCAGAUAACGUCCAAGUCUAACUCAAUGGUGUAUUGUGUAGUUGAUGGUAAAGUAGUUGAUGGUAAAAUUUAAGAUUAUGGGAUAUGCAAUUGUGUGUAAUACUUUAUAACGGUGUUCAGUAAUAAACCAUU